AUGGGCCUCUUCAGUAGCAAUGGCAGCAAUCAUACUUGCCCCAUGCCUACCACAUUUGCCAAAGAGGCAUCCGAGCCUAUAGCUGUCGCUCUUGGGUCGUUCUUCCUGUUGUUGUGUCAAUUUAUUUCAAGUGACUCCCAGACGGAUGUGAAUGUCUUCUUCGCUGCCUUCGAAGCGCCGCAAAAGAAAGAUAAUUCAUUUGUGACUGGGUUGGAAUGGUUCCGAAAGCAAUGGAUUGCGAUAUUCCAAUAUCCUGUGGUCGCCUUUGGUGUGGCUAUUGCGACCGAUAUCACACAAGCUGCCGGAAUCUACUGUUUGGACAGUAACAAGCCUUACUUUGCACACCUAUGGCUCACGAUCAUCUCGACGGUGUCUGUGGGGUUUGCUGUUAUGGCAGCAUUGAACUUCUACCGAACUUUAAAAACAUAUCUAAGCGGGCACCAGCCACUCGCAAAGCUACUUGCUUUCAAGUUGAUUGUCGGUCUAUCAUUUCUCGAGAGGAUUAUCUUCACCAUCCUCCGAACUACCAAUACCCUCAAGUCUACCUCCACACUGAGCUAUGCGGACGUUAACAUCGGUAUUCCUGACCUCGUCAUAUGUCUUCAAAUGGUUCCUUUCGCCCUCUUCUUCCCUUGUGCCUAUCGAGUCUCGCCCUAUAUUGGCACUGGCCCCUACAAGAGUGGAUUCCUCGGUGCCCGGGCUUGGAUUGGCUUAUUCAACCCCAUGGAAAUCCUUCGUGCAAUCAAAUUCAUCUUUGAUAUGGGCACUGAGUUAAGAAACCAGGGAGAUGCUGAGGGAUACAUUGUUGAGCGAGAGGGCCGACCGCUGUAUCCAUAUACUUACCAUAACCUUGACUCUGCUGGGACGUCAUACGAUCAAUCUUAUGAUCUCAGGAAGUAA